AUGGCCGCAGCUUUGAGAACGCACCGCAUUGCAUGCAUCCCAGGAGAUGGGAUUGGUCCUGAAGUCAUUGGUGCAACUCUCAAAGUUCUGGAAACCUUAGAGAGGAGUUUGAAGACUUUCAAACUCGAUUUCACGCAGUUGCCUUGGGGAAGUGAUUAUUAUCGGUCGCAGGGUCGUUACAUGCCCACAGAUGGAAUCCAGCUCCUCAAACAACAUGAUGCAAUUCUUUUUGGAGCUGUUGGAGACAAAGACGUUCCUGACCAUAUCUCAUUAUGGGAGCUUCUUCUUGCAAUACGAGGGCAAAUGCAACUCUACGUCAAUGUACGACCCGUCCGAACCUUGCCCGGUAUUCAACCCUUGAUCGCUACUCCCGUCAAACCUAUCGAUUGGGUCAUUAUUCGUGAAAAUUCCGAGGGCGAAUAUGCAGGCCAAGGCGGGCGUACACAUGUAGGCCAACCUUGGGAAUGUGCUACUGAAGUAGCCAUCUACACCCGGCAUGGAGUUGGGCGAAUCAUGAGAUUUGCCUUUGAGACAGCUCUAUCAAGGCCGCAGAAAAGCCUCAUCGUUGUUACAAAGUCAAACGCAAUGCGGAAUGGGAUGGUAUUGUGGGAUGAGAUAGCUACCGAGAUAUCGAAGGAUUAUCCUAGCGUUACGAUGGAGAAGAUGUUAGUCGACGCAAUGACGGUGCGAAUGGUAAAGAACCCUCAUACCAUUGAUACUAUUGUUGGGACCAAUCUUCAAAUGGAUAUUCUUUCCGACCUUGCAGCUGCACUGGCAGGCUCUAUUGGAAUUGCUUCAUCAAGCAACAUCGACCCUUCGAGACAAAGCCCCAGCUUCUUCGAACCAGUCCAUGGAUCAGCAUUCGACAUUACAGGGAAAGGUGUUGCAAAUCCCCUCGGAGCUAUAUGGUCAGCUACAGAGAUGCUUAGAUGGCUGAAGGAAGAUGAUGCAGCAGACCGAUUGAUGUCAGCUAUUGAGAAGGUUUGCGAGGGCAACAUCCUGACACGGGACUUGGGGGGACAUGCAGGAACACUAGACGUUGCAGAUGCCAUUUCGAAGGAACUUUCACAGUCAAUCUGA